UCGAUCGAUUCACACUCAACCGCAUUCGAAGAUCAGGAGUUCAGAGAAGCAAGGAAGUCCGCACAUUUAAGAGGCACAAGUAACAUGACAGUACCAAGGAUCAUCGUGUGCCUGACCAUCACCAUUCUCGCUGGCAAUGCGCUGGGCGCAUCCAUAUCCACAUCCGCCGGAAGUGGAAGUGGAGAAGAAGGACGACCCCAGAGGAUCGGCGAGUGCCGCAAGCUCUGCUACCGCCAGUCCCUGCCGGUGGCCACGCCCCUCCUCUGCCGAUCCCGGCCAGAGUGCUACAUGUGCCACGACUACUGCCGCGUCCUCGAGGUCGUCCAGCGGAGUCUGGCCACCUCGAUGUGCGCGGAUCGGGAGUUCUGCACCCGGGGAUGUCGGGUGGCCUGCGCGUACCACCGGAUGGGGCUGUUCCACCAGGACACGAGUGCCAAUGCGGUGCUCAAGAAGUGA